CUGGGAUUGGUGCGGUCGCCGCCAGGAGGCGGGGACAGCGCCGGGCUGCCGAUGAUCUCCGGGCCAGAAAAGCCCAGCUGGGUGGCUCGCGAGAGGCUCACGGCGCUGCCAGGAGGUGACCCGGAGGACCAAGACUCCCGGACGACGAGGAACCGCCCAACAUGGCAUCGGAGAGUGGGAAGCUGUGGGGUGGCCGGUUUGUGGGAGCAGUGGACCCCAUCAUGGAGAAGUUCAACGCGUCCAUCGCCUAUGACCAGCACCUAUGGGAGAUGGACGUGCAGGGCAGCAAGGCCUAGCGGGGCCUGGAGAAGGCGGGGCUCCUCACCAAGGCCGAGAUGGACCAGAUACUCCAGGGCCUGGACAAGGUAGCUGAGGAGUGGGCCCAGGGUACCUUCAAACUAAACCCCAACGACGAGGACAUCCACACAGCCAACGAGCGGCGUCUGAAGGAGCUCAUCGGUGAAACUGCAGGGAAGCUACACACAGGACGAAGCCGGAAUGACCAGGUAGUCACAGACCUCAGGCUGUGGAUGCGACAGAACUGCUCCAUGCUCUCUGCCCUCCUCUGGGAGCUCAUCAGAACCAUGGUGGAUCGGGCGGAGGCGGAAUGGGACGUCCUCUUCCCGGGGUACACACACCUGCAGAGGGCUCAGCCCAUCCGCUGGAGCCACUGGAUCCUGAGCCAUGCUGUGGCACUGACCAGAGACUCUGAGAGGCUGCUGGAGGUGCAGAAGAGGAUCAACGUCCUGCCUCUGGGGAGCGGGGCCAUUGCAGGCAAUCCUCUGGGUGUGGACCGGGAGCUGCUCCGAGCAGAGCUGAACUUUGGGUCCAUCACUCUCAACAGCAUGGAUGCCACCAGUGAGCGAGACUUUGUGGCUGAGUUCCUGUUCUGGGCUUCGCUGUGCAUGACCCACCUCAGCAGAAUGGCUGAGGAUCUCAUCCUCUACGGCACCAAGGAAUUCAACUUUGUGCAGCUCUCAGAUGCCUAUAGCACCGGAAGCAGCCUGAUGCCCCAGAAGAAAAACCCAGACAGCCUGGAGCUGAUCCGGAGCAAGGCGGGGCGAGUGUUUGGGCGGUGUGCUGGGCUCCUGAUGACACUCAAGGGGCUUCCAAGCACCUACAACAAGGACUUACAGGAGGACAAGGAAGCCGUGUUUGAAGUGUCAGACACCAUGAGCGCCGUCCUCCAGGUGGCCACUGGCGUCAUCUCUACGCUGCAGAUUCACCGUGAGAACAUGGCCCAGGCCCUUAGUCCUGACAUGCUGGCCACUGACCUUGCCUACUACCUAGUCCGCAAAGGGAUGCCAUUCCGCCAGGCCCAUGAGGCCUCCGGGAAAGCUGUGUUCAUGGCGGAGACCAAGGGGGUCGCCCUCAACCAGCUGUCGCUGCAGGAGCUCCAGACCAUCAGCCCCCUGUUCUCGGGCGACGUGAGCCACGUGUGGGACUACGGACACAGCGUGGAGCAGUACACCGCCCUGGGGGGCACCGCGCGCUCCAGCGUCGACUGGCAGAUCGGCCAAGUGCGAGCGCUCCUACGGGCACAGCAGGCCUAGAGUCCUCCCCGCCCCGCCCCCAAAUAAAGUGGGCCCGAGACGAGGCUCUGCGUGUUUCCCCUCAGCCUGCCUCCCUCAGCGGCGGCGGGCUUUCGGGGAUCUGUUAAGCAGGCGGUGGGGGUCAUCAAGGAAGGGGAGGAACUGGGCUGGCAGAGCGAGAGUCACGGUAGGGAAGGGAGGAGGGGGCUCUCAUCAGAGCCCCUGCCCUGCGCAGGCCCCACCCCUCCGCCGCGGGGCAUCGCAGUGAUCUCCUUCGUCAGGGGCAUCUUGGGAGCCCUGGUGGGACAGGAUGGGCUUGGUUAACCCAGUCAGCCCCUGUCCAUCCCCCUUCUUUCCAGGCUCCUUCCCAGGCUCCCCUGCUCACAUCCUCCCCUCACUUAAUCCACCCUUCCCUGGACCAUCAGGCACUAUUAGCAGGUGUCCUGUACCCUCUGAGGGGAGCGGUACAUUUGGUGGUAAAGUCAGUCACCCGGGUGGCUAGUGUGUGAUGCCAGGCACUAGGUGAGCUUCAUACAGAGGUAAAGGAGACGUUUCCUCUCCCCUGGAGAGUAAUGUACAGACAAAUUCUCAGGCACUAACCCUGAGGCGAGGGCCACUGAUGGGGGUGGUGCAGAGGGGCCUGCCCAUGUGCAGUCGAGGGAGGGACCCUCACACCGAGUCUGCAAAGAGCCUGAGGCCGGGCCUGGCAUGUGGUAAGUGCUCAGUAACAGUGAACCCCCAGAGCCAGCAGAGAUACAGAGAACUCUUGUACACAAAUCUCACCAAAAUCCUGAUAAUAAGACAAAUUUCAGACAUUUCUUAACGACAAAGAUAAACAAGCCAAACACAAGGAAGUAUGAACAACACCUCCUAAGUGAUUAAGACUGUGAACUAAAGAACCAAAACUCCAGCAGCGGGGACACUACACCAAAUUCCCAAAAGGGUCAAAGCGAUGGGUCACAGGUGGAAUCUUCUAGAGUAGUGAUUCUCAAAGUGUGGUUCCUGACCACUAUCAUCAUCGUCUUCAAACUUGUUGAAAAGCAAAUUUUUAGUCCCCACCAAGACCUACUAAAUCAGAUUCCCGAUGGGGCCCAGCAAUCUGUUUUCACAAACCCUUCAGGUGAUCCUGAUGUGGGCUCAGGAUUUGCGAAUCACUGAUCUUGAGAACCUUGUUACACAAAGUUGCUGCAGACCAGCAACAUCUGCCUCAACUGGGUCCUGCCCUGACCUACUGAUUCAGAAUCUGCAUUUUAACAAACUCCCCGGGCAUCUCUUGUGUGCAUUUAGAGUUAGAAAUGCUGAUCUAUCGAUAAACAUCGAGGACUUACUGUCUAGCACAGGGGACUAUCUUAAACAUCUUGUAAUAUCUUGUAACAGUAAAGAAUCUGAAAAAAUACAUAUGUAUAUAACUAAAUCACUUUGCUGUACAUCUGAAACUAACACAAUAUUAUAAAUCAAUCCUGCUUCAAUAAAAAAGAAAACAUAAGUUUAAAAAAAACAGGGGGGUCAAACAGAAACAAAACUGUAGGACUAAAAAAAAGUGCUGAUCCAGAGAAUGCCUAAAUAUCUAGUCUCAGAAAUGAAGGGGGGUUGUGCCUGAUGCCCUAUGGCAUAUGAUCUGAAACCUCUCCUAGCUUACCUUUAAUUGGUAUUUUGGGGACAUGUUCACUCAGUCAGUUAAGAUUAUACUCAUUAAUGCUGUCAUCCAUCCUACAUUUUUCCAAAAGCAGGUCACAAAAGGCUUUUUCAAAUAACUUGCUGAAAUCCAGAUAGCCUCUGUUAGAGCACUCCUUCACCCAGGACUAAAAGGGACCAAGGAUGUUAUCAAGAGUUUUGAUAAAAGUUUUGGAUAAAAGAUCAGUUUAUCAAAAAAGGGAAUGAAGUUAAGUUUUAUAGAAUUUGUAUUUAGGUGAAACUAUACGGGGGUCCCAGUGUCUACCAAUUUAUUUUCUAAGUGCAUAUUAUCCAUUCUUUUUAUUCAUUCAUUCCUUUAUUUUCUACAACAGCUUUAUUGAGCCAUAAUUCACAUGUCAUGAAACACAACCUUUUCAAGUGUUCAGCUUAACAGUUUUUAGUGUGUUCACAGAGUUGUGCGAUUAUCACCCCAAAAAGAAGCCCAUAAGAAACUUUGUACUUCAAAGUAAAAAAGACAUCCACAGAAUGGAUAUUUGUAAAUCAUAUACCUGAUAAGGAUCUAGUAUCCAGAAUAUAAAAAGAACGCAUAACUCAAUCAUAAAAAGACAACCCAAUUAAAAAUGGGUAAAAUAUCUGAAUAGACAUUUCUCCAAAGAAUAUAUACAACACAUGAAAAUAUAUUCAAUAUCAUUAAUCAGGAAAUGCAGACCAAAACCAAAAUGGGACAUUACUUCAUUCCCACUAGGAUGUGAGUUAAUUUUUGUAUGUAGUGUGAAGAAGGGGCCCAACUUCAUUUCUUUUCCAUGUGGAAAUCCAUUUGUCUCAUCACCAUUUGUUGAGAAGACUGUUUGUAUCCAAUUGAAUUGUUUGGGCAUCCUUGUCAAAAAUCAGCUGACCAAUACAAGUGAAUUGUAUGGUAUGUAAAUUAUACCUCAAUAAAGCUGAUGCCCCUCCAAAAAA